GCAAAUUAACGAUUGAAUUGUUGAAAUUCAAUUUGUAGCUGAAAAGAAAUUAGUUACAUAUUAGGAUAUAUACAUGAAAUUAAUUCUACACCGUUCGACUUAGAUAAAGGGGUGGAGUUCGGUUAUCUACGUCGUCCCGUUUCUCUUUUUUUAAUGUACGACGGAACAAUGGUGCGGAGUCAUGAAAGUGUUUGUAAACAAUUCAUGCAGAAAGGUUCGGCAAACUGAAGUUGGAAUUAUUGUGGCAUACCUCCAAAGAUUUCUCACUCUGCAUAGAGGAUGUUUAGGUUUACAUUUGACCGAUUUUUGGAAAUCACCAGGAUGACAAGGCCGAUACUACCCAUGCUAAAUUGUUUAAGAAUCAAUAUAUAGUCAUCAAACAUCCUCCAUACAACAUAUUUGUUUAAUACGUAAUUCAAUACCAAUUUGGAAGUCACCACAAAUAUCAGACCAACAUGCCUUGGCCAUUUUCAGAGUCUAUAAAAAAGCGGGCAUGCAGAUACCUUUUGCAUCGGUAUUUGGGUAAUUUCCUUCAAGAGAAGUUGAGCUUGGAUCAGCUUAGCUUAGAUCUCUAUCAAGGCACUGGAUCAUUGGCUCAAGUGCCGUUGGACAAGUGGUCUUUAAACGAGAUCCUUGAGUCUGUGGAUGCCCCCUUUGAGGUAAUAGAGGGCUUUAUCCAGACCAUUUCACUGACUGUACCAUGGUCAUCCCUGCUACAAGAGAACUGUGCCCUGGAGGUCAAAGGGUUGGAGAUGGUGUUCAGACCUAGACCGCGUAUAGUAGCUUCCGGUAUGGAACCUAUGUACUGGUCCAGCUUCAUGACGAGCAGCAUGCAGCUUGCCAAAGAGUGUCUGAGUCAGAGACUAACCGAUGACUUGGGGGAGAGCUUCCAGCCCCUGGAGGGAUUGGAGAAGUUUGCAGAGACCAUAGAGACAGUUCUGAGGAGAGUCAAGGUAACUUUUUUGGACACGGUCCUCCGAAUCGAACAUGUUCCAGAGAAUUCCAAAACCGGAAUAGCUCUUGAGAUGCGAAUCAACAAGAUUGUGUACUGUGAUGAGACCGGCGAGGAGAGCUCCAAUGUGAAUGUGCACCAGCCUACCACGUUUGCACAUAAAAACCUGCAGCUGGAGGGAGUCACCGUCUUCUGGGACGAGUUCUCCGAGACAGCCCGAGCCGGCUUGAAGUCCUCGCCCACCCCUGCUGAGACCGAGGCAAAGCUAUCCCCAAGCUGGAACCCAAGAAUUAUUUGUGAGCCACACCCCCAGUUCACAGAGCCUGUUUCUUCUGCAACACCUUUUGAGCCCAUGCAGAUUGGUCAUCUUAGUGGCAAAAUUGAACUGUCACUUGUCCUGAAACAGAACCACACUAUGCCUGGAGCAAAGUUGGAUGUUGACGGACAGAUAAGCACAAUGAUUGUGCUGUUAUCGCCACGGCAAGUUCACUUACUUCUGGACAUGUUUGGAGUUUUUUCAGGCGCAGGUGGACCAGAGUGGGGGAAGGACAAGAGGAACCGUCCAAUGCAACAAGAGGAUGAGUAUCGGCUCCACAUGGAGCUAAACCGCUGCUUGAAGAAAGACUCCACGAUGGCUGGAGCAGACCCUGACCUUUUUGACAGCCAGACCACCAGAACUGUGUCCAGCAGAGAGGACGUCUUCUUUUCCAUGGCUGACAUGGACAUGUCUCACAGCCUGUCGUCACUUCCUCCCCUUGGGGAUCCGCCCACUGUGGACCUGGACCUGUCACUCAACAGUAACUAUUCCCCCUCUCCGGGACAGUCUCCUUCUGGCAAUGCCAUGACCCAGUGGGAUGAUUACCUGGAUGUGCCCAGACAGAGGGAGAAGCAGGCCCAGGACAGCCCAUUCAUGAUGCGGGACUCACCUCUCCAGCACAAGCUGCUAAGACAGACCUCCCACCCAUCCAAAGCCCAUGGAGAUGAAUCCAGGCCAGAGCUGGUCUUCAGGCUGACUAUGGGGAGCCUGGCUGUGUGUGUCCUCCACAUCGACCCCCUGCCCCCGCCGGACACUGCGCCCAGUCCCUUGGCACCCAUGGCCAUAGACUUCUUCAGGGUGGUCUGCUCGGACCAGCUCCCCCCGGCUGGGUUCAUCCAGCUGAGGACAGUGUUUGACGAGGCCUGCCCCUACGACCACCUCAGGUUUGUGGCUCAGGGGAUGAAGGUGACUUAUGAGCACUGUCAGGGUUCCAGCCUGCGCACCUUCAGCACCGACGUGUCCCUGGGCCAGAUGGAGCUAUUGGAGUGUCUCUUCCCCUCCGACGCUCCCAGCGGUGUGUUUCAGAGAGGGGUCCAGUACACUGAGCUCCUGACAUUUGACACCCCAGUCCCCACCGAGUCGCCAUCUGUCACCUGCCUUCAUCUACUCUACAAACUGGCAGAACGCAGAGGGCCGCAGGGGGGACAGGUGCGUCUGAGUACUAUGCCCAGGAAGGCUGACUUUCAGGUGGAAUUGGGGGCAGUCCGCUCUGAAAUGGACAUCAGUAUUGUGGACCGCCUUAACUCUCUUCUUCAGCCACAGAAACUGGUGACCACCGAGAUGAUGUCCUCUCACAUGUACACGUCCUAUAAUAAACACAUCAGCUUGCACAAGGCCUUUACCGAGGUUUUCCUUGAUGACAGCCGCACUCCAGCCAACACUCACGUGUCCAUCACAGUGAACGCACCGGUGUUGAACCUGGUGGUGCGCUUUCCCAUCCCAGACCUUCGCUCAGACCAGGAGAGGGGACCCUGGUUCAAGAAGUCCCUGCAGAAGGAAGUUCUGCACGUGGAGAUUGAGGACUUGGAGGUGAAGACGGAGUUCAUAGGGGGCAGCUCCCCCGAGCAAACCAAGAUGGAGCUCACCUUCAGGGAGCUAGUUGGGAGGUUCCAGGAGGAGGAGGACCAGCCUGCUGGCAGGUUCCUCAGGGUCUCCCACACCAUGGAUGGAGACAUGACCAUCUCUGACAGCGGGAAGUUUGACUGGCCCCGAGUGGUGCUGAAGGUCAACCCCACCACUGUCCACUCCAUCCUGGAGCGUGUGACUGCUGAGGAGGACGAGGGGGCUGAGGGCCACUCCCCUGAGGAGGAAGAAGAGGGGGGAGGUGCCCACUCACUGAAGGAUGUCUGUGAUUUUGGAAAGCCUGAACCCUCCCCCUUCUCCUCACGCCGUGUUAUGUAUGAGAAUGAGGAAAUGGUCAUUCCUGGUGAUGUGGCUGAGAUGACUGAGUUCCAGGAGAAGACCAUGAGCAAUUCCCGUUUCAUUUUAGAGCUGUGCUUGCCAAAUGUGCAAUUAUCAUUACCCAACAAGGCCUUUUAUGAGAAACUGCAUAACAGGAUAAAUAAUGAUCUGCUGUUAUGGGAGCCCAAUGCCCCAUCGCCUGUGGAGACCGUGGAGAACAUGCCAUAUGGAGUAGGACUCUCUGUAGCCAGCCAGCUGAUCAACACCGCCCACUACACCAAGGACACCGCCCACUACACCAAGGACAGUUUUAGCACAUUCCGCUCUACUGGCCCUGAGGAGGAGGACAGCGGGUCAGAAGAGGAAACCAUGCAUUAUUACUCUCCUGCCUCUGAGCAGUGCUUCAGAUCUCGCAGGAAGAAGAAGCCCAAGGCCCAGAGUAAGACCUCCCAGAGCCUGUUCUCUGUCAUCCUUACUGUCAGCCAUGGCCUCGUGGCCCUGCAGACACACAACACUAAGCGAGAGGAUAAGAUGGGUGUGAAAACCCAACAUGGAGAGUUCUGGUUGGAGGUGAGAAAUGGUGUGUUGUUUAGUGUGACACGAUACGAAGGUUACAAAGACCAGCACUACAUCUGCUUCCACACCAGUGACAUCCGCCUCUAUCACCAAGGGGUUGUUGAGGGAGACACCCCUGUGUCCGACAUCAAGCUGCCCUGCAGGACGCGUCCUCAUUGGCUGGAGCCGGCUAUCUAUCCCUCGGAAACGGCUCCUGAUAGGGUGUCUCCCUCAGAGGGCAUCGGCCUGGAGGCCCACAGCAUGCUGUCUGUCGCCGUCAAGAUCUCUUCCCAGAACAUGGAGCGCAAUGUCAAGGAGUUUCUGAUUGCCGUGGGUGUGAGAGGGGCCACACUUCAGCAUCGAGUGGUUCCCCCCAAACUGGGCUGGUAUGACCAGAUAGUGGACUUUCUGAAUGUGUCUGAUGAGCCUGUGUUGGGUUACACCCCGCCAGCUUCAGUCACAACUCUUCAUCUCCACCUGUGGAGCUGCUCUCUAGACUACAGACCCCUGUACCUGCCACUCCGGUCCCUGUUGGUUGUGGAGACGUUCAGUAUCUCCAGCAGUGUCUCCUUGGACCACUCUUCCUCCACUCUAAGGAUCAUCUUGGAUGAGGCAGCUUUGUUCCUGUCUGACAAGAGCAAUGCUGUCUCUGUAAACCUAAUGCGAGACUAUGUGCAGGUGGUAGACAUGGGGACAUUAGAGUUAAGGAUCACAGCGGUCAAACCUGGUGCAGACAGAGAAUUGACAGAGCCCAGAUUUGAGCUACGCUGCUCCAGUGACGUCAUCCACAUCAGAACAUGUUCAGACUCCUGUGCUGCUCUUAUGAACCUCAUCCAGUAUGUUGCCAGCUAUGGAGACCUGCUGCCCCCACCAGGACCAGAGGCCAAGAGCACCAGCUCCAAGCAGAGACCCAAGCUGGAAGCUCCAAGCCGGCCCCCUUCCCAGACUGUUCUACUCCCCGAGGCUGAACAGCAGAUGCUGCAGGACCUAAUGAGUGAGGCCAUGGAGGAGAAUGACAGCCAGCACGCCCUGGCACUGCAACACAACGGAAUACACAAGGAACAGGAUCAUGACCUCGAACCUCCUCGUUCUGACCUCUUCCUUUUCCCGGACGAGAGUGGGAAUCUCCCGCAGGAGCCGAGCCCCACUUACCCCACCCUCCACUCCCCCCUCAUCACCCCAGCCCCCAAACUGGCUCCGGAGACGGACGACUUCUGUAUUCUCGAGACCCCGGGGUCCAGAGCAGACGAUCGUGACGAGGAGCCAGUGGUAAAUAAGUUGACGCCAGACUCCAUCGAGAUCAAAGACGACCACUUUGGCCAGCCGCUGGACAACAGCGAGUCCAGCAGGGGAGCCGUGAACUUCCCCGUCCCAGAGGUGCGAUACCUCAUCAGGGAGAUCUCCGUCAUCUGGCACCUUUACGGGGGGAAGGACUUUGGGAGUGUGACGUUCACCUCCUCUCCAGCUAGAAGCCGGGGGUGUACCCCACACAGCUCCCCCUCCCAGACCACCGUCAGACAGAGCAGGGCUGGAAGAAGGGCUGGUGGGGGGAGAGGACGGAACCCUGACGUCCUCAUGGAGAUCCAGCUCAGCAAGGUGCGGUUCCAGCAUGAGGUCUACCCCAUGGCUCCGGUGGCUCAGGGAGCAGCAGCGGACCAGCCUGUGUCACGGCAGGUAUUCAUCGUUCAGGACCUGGAGAUCAGGGACAGACUGGCCACCUCCCAGAUGAACAAGUUCUUGUACCUGUACUCCAGCAAGGAGAUGCCUCGCAAAGCCCACUCAAACAUGCUGACGGUUAGGGCUCUACACAUGUGUUCAGAGACCGGGCAGGCACCGCAGGAGUGCUGUCUGAGAGUUUCCCUCAUGCCCCUUCGCCUCAACAUUGACCAGGAUGCAUUGUUUUUCCUGAAGGACUUCUUUGCCAGCCUUGCUGCUGAAGUUGAAAUGUUUUCUCCAACUGAUCAAGAAGCGCUGUGCGUUUCAAUGAAGAAGCCGUCUGCCCCAGAGGUCUCGUGCAGCUUUACUAAGCAUGGCGGUGGAGGCCAGGACCCUGCCCCCAUCAUCUCUGUGCCUACCCAGAGCCGCUCCAGCUCCAGCCUCAAUGGCCUCACCCUCUUCAGUAACAGCGACUCUGGGGAAGCUGGAGCUGCCAGUGCAUCAGCAUUCACUGACCACCGGCCCAUCUUCUUCAGAGAGUUUCGUUUCACAUCUGAAGUUCCCAUACGUCUGGAUUACCAUGGGAAACACGUUUCAAUGGAUCAGGGAACAUUUGCUGGUAUUGUGAUUGGGUUGACUCAGCUGAAUUGCUCUGAGCUAAAACUAAGGCGAUUAUGCUACAGACAAGGGCUGUUGGGUGUGGAUAAGCUUUUUUCAUAUGCAAUAAAUGAGUGGCUGAAUGACAUCAAGAAGAACCAGUUGCCAGGACUGUUGGGUGGAGUGGGACCUAUCCACUCCCUGGUACAGUUGGUUCAGGGAGUUCGGGACCUGGUGUGGCUCCCGAUAGAGCAGUACCGAAAGGAUGGCCGGGUUGUACGUGGGCUACAGCGGGGUACUGCCUCCUUUGGAACCUGCACCGCUAUGGCUGCUCUGGAGCUUACCAACCGCAUGGUGCGGACCAUCCAGGCAGCAGCAGAGACCGCCUAUGACAUGGUGUCUCCAGGAUCUGAUGAGAGGGAAAUGAAGAGGCUGAAGCGAUUCUCUCAUUACCGAUUGGCUCAUCAGCCAGUUGAUCUCCGGGAAGGAGUAGCCAACGCUUACAGCGUUGUGAAAGAAGGAAUUACGGACACCGCUCUUACCAUCUAUGACACGGCCACACGGGAGCAUGAGCAGCGCGGCAUGACGGGGGCAGUGGGCGGGGUCUUGCGACAGCUCCCACCGGCUGUGGUCAAGCCUCUCAUCAUGGCUACCGAGGCCACCUCCAACGUGCUGGGGGGGAUGAGGAACCAGAUUCACCCAGACGCACGCCAGGAGGAGUCCCAAAAAUGGCGACAAGGGGAGGAGUGAUGGCCGGUGGCUUUCCACAAACCGAACUGACGGUUGUGUAGAAUCAGAAGGCCUACAACGGACACUCCCCAGCUCAGCUGUUAUGAGGCCCAAUGAGUCUCAUCAGCUGGAAGGACCUGGUUCGGCAGAUAACUUUUCGGGCAAACCAGAGUGUUGCUGAGAAAGUCAGCACUCGGUGUAAAUAAAACAUGGUUCAUCUCCUAA